CGUGAGCGUGGUGGUUUAGCUGGAAACGCCAGAGAUGGGUGGUAGAGGCCGGCCGAGAAAGAAAGAUCCGCCACCUAAGGGUGGUGCUGCAACAAAAAUAAUAGAUCUGAAAGAUGAAAAAGGGGAGCAAAAUAGCAUCUCGGUUGAGGAAACCAACAAAGAGCAAACUGAGGUCGUAAAGCUUGUUGCUCGCGAUCCAAACCAGAUGGGUCUCAAAAUUGAGGAAUCAGGGCGUUUGAGUCCAGAUUUAGGGGAGAAAGAAGGGGACGCUGAAGAAAUUUUGCUAGAUCUAGCAGUUUCGACGCAAGGCCAAAGGAAUAGCAGAUUCAAUGCUGGUCCCAAGGAUGGAAGAGCAGAUAAGGGGAAGAGCGAAGCCGGCCCUGUGGAAGGGAAAGUAGCAAAGGGGAAGCAGGGAGUGCGCUCGGAGACUCAACCUUUUGUCAUCCAGAUGAAGCAACCGUCUUGUGAAAAGGACGCUGGUUCUACAUCCGGGAAUAGGGAUAUAAGUAAAGGAUGGGAUUUGCAAUACAUAAAACCUCAAGAUCCAAUUGGUGCUGUGGUUAUUACUGAGGAUGAGUGGGUUAAAGGGUCAAAGAUUUGGGAGAAUGCUCUUGUUGGGUAUGUUCUGCGAUCUAAACCUGAUUUUAAGGAUGUUGUUAAUUAUGUGAAUAACAAGUGGAGGGAAUUCCAGAACCCUGAGAGCUUAGGAAAGCUAGCAAGCUAUGUGGGAGUUCCUAUUGCAACUGAUGCAUUAACAGCUAAAAGGCAAAGAGUGGCUUAUGCUCGUAUGCUAGUAGAGAUGGAAAUCAAGGACACUUUGCCCCGUGUAGUUCCUAUUAUUGGUCCUAAGGGUGUAUUCCAGCAGCCUGUGGUCUAUGAAUGGGAGCCUGUCAGAUGUGUGCACAGUGCUACUAAUUUAGCAAAUGUGAAGCAGAGUACACUUUCACGUCCUUCUAGAAAGCUGAUAGUGGAAAGAAAUGAGCAAAGUCCAAUGCAACUAGAAGUGGGAGCUAUGAAGUCAGUGAAUCUGCAGAGUGAGACUAGUAUUGGCACAGGGGAUAAAGAGAUGAUGCAAAAGGCAGUAGGGGGAGAAUCUUCUGUAAAUUUGAGGGUGAUUGAAGUAAUACAAACAGACCAAUUGCUACAUGUUGAAGUAUGCUCUGCAGUUAGGGAUGUUAAAUUUUUGUGCACAAUUGUCUAUGCUUUUAAUACUUUUGAUGGUAGAGUAGCAUUAUGGGAUCAAGUUAGAGCUCUAGAUGUUGAAAAUGUGCCAUGGAUAAUUUCUGGAGAUUUUAAUACAACUCUAAAUUAUGGUGAAAGGGUGAAGCCUAGUGGAGUUGUUUGGGGAGAUACCUCUGAGCUCAAGGAUUUUGUCAGUAGAAUGGAGGUUUUUGAUUUGCAAUUUUCAAGUGCUUUCUUCACUUGGAGUAAUAAGCAAGGGGAAAAUGACAGGUUGUGGUGCAAGCUGGACAGGGUAAUGGCUAAUUCAACAUGGGUUAGUACAUUUCCAAAUACUUCUGUUGUCUUUCUAAAUCCACAAUCCUCAGAUCACUCACCCUCUUUAGUGAUUGUGGAUGAAUUGAUGAACGAGAAACCAAGGCCAUUUAGAUUCUGCAAUGCUUGGGCUAAGGAUGAAAACUUCCUUGAUCUGGUUAGGGAAGGUUGGAGUGUGGAUAUUCAGGGAUGCCCUAUGUUUGUUGUAGUGCAGAAAUUGAAAUUGGUGAAACAGAAGAUGAAGCAGCUGCAUAAAAAUAGAUAUGGAAACUUGGGGGGAAGAAUAAAAGAUAUGGCAGCAGAGCUACAAAAUGUUCAAGCUUCCAUGCAUAAUGCUUUAUUUGAUGAGACUUUGGCUGCAAAAGAAAAGGAACUUCAACAUGAAUUAACUAAGCUUGAGAGAGCAAAUCUGUCCGUAAUUGCCCAGCGAGCUAAAGUAACUUGGCUAAAGGAAAUGGACUCUAAUUCUGCUUAUUUUCAUGCCAAAGUAAAGGAGAGGCAGCAUAGAAGUGUUAUUAACUCCAUCCCUGAACAGGGUAGAGUGUUAACUAUUGAAGAGUUAGAAGAGUUAUGCAGGCCAUUUACUGCUAAGGAAGUGGAGACUGCUCUAUUUUCAAUUCCUUCUAACAAGUCACCAGGGCCUGAUGGAUUCACUUUAGGGUUCUAUAGAGUAGCCUGGUCAAUAAUUAAAAAUGAUGUCACGGCUGCUGUGUUGGAUUUCUUUGAUAGUGGGAAAAUCCUCAAGCAAAUUAAUGCCACCAAAUUACUAUUGUUUCGAAGGUGAGUUGCCCAAAUGGUGUCAGUGACUAUAGGCCAAUAGCUUGUUGUAAUGUCAUCUACAAGGUGAUAUCAAAGCUUUUAACCUAGAGGAUUAAUGAAGUGCUGAGCAUGCU